AGUGACCAUUGAUAACAAAAGUCCGAUGGUACCUACCUAGUGCUAAUUGUGUUAAAUGAAAAAUCAAGAAGAGAGCAAGAACAGGCUUACUUAUAGAACUAAAGUGCAGAACUGGAACUAACAGUGUCCUGUAUGAGGAUGAUGUGUGAGUGUUUAGUGAAAAGGACCGCCUGACAAGAUGUGUAAAAGCGUGAAGACCGUAGCUUGGGAGACGGAAACCCUGAUGGGUACGCCGCCGAAGUCAAAGUGGGAUACACUGUGUCCCAGAGCGGCCUUGUCCCACGUGGGACUGUUCGUCGCGCUGAUGUUGUACACUGCUGGCGGUGGAUUAGUUUUCCGUGCAUUGGAGUAUCCUGCAGAGUUGGCGAAACAAAGCUUCCAUAGGGAGAGAUUACAGACAGAAAGAUGGAACUUGAUACAGUUUGUUGCACAGCGCAAUGGAAACAUAACGCUAGAUCCUAUAAUUGAGAAACAACUUAGUGAUCACUUGGCUUUAUAUGAAAGAGUAUUAGAAGAAGCGUCAUCUUGUGGUUUAGCUUUAGAAGUAGAGAGGAAUUUUCCAGCGGCCGAAGAAAAAUGGAGCAUUUUACAAGCCGUGUUCUUCUCUUCCACUGUGCUCACCACAAUAGGAUAUGGCAACAUUGUGCCUGAAACAUUUUGGGGGAGACUGUUUUGCAUUGCGUACGCGCUCAUCGGAAUACCUUUGACGUUGACAGUCAUUGCUGACUUGGGCCGUGUGUUUGCUACUUUCGUAUCUUUUACAGCUAAACAAUUGCCUGCUAUGCCUCAAUGUUGUAAGCGGGUUUCAGAAGCAAAUCCGGCAGGCCAAAGGUCCCUUUACGCUUUAGGAGCUGUGGGCUUCCUUUUCGUAUAUUUGUCAGCUGGUGCUGGACUUUUUAAGAUGUGGGAGGAUGAUUGGACAUUCUAUGACGGAUUUUAUUUUUGCUUCAUAACUAUGACAACUAUCGGAUUUGGCGACUUAGUGCCCAAAAGGCCGAAAUACAUGCUCCUCUGCACUCUCUACAUCCUAAUUGGCUUGGCGCUGACUUCCACCAUCAUAGAAUUGGUGAGACGACAGUACGCCAGAUCUUGGCAGCAGCUGCGGGCUUUAUCUGGCCCUUUGGCUGACACUCUGAGAAGACUUGGGGAUGCUGGUAGAGGGGUCGAUGUCUCCGACCUUCGGAAAGUUCUUACUGUGGUCACGAUGCCGCGGUUGGGCUCGGGAAAAGACGCUGACAAACGUCAGUUGGAGUGGGAGGCAGCCGUCGAGGCAGUCAUCAGGGACAUCACCUCCCCCACGAAACCCCAACAGAAACCACCAAUAGUGCAGAUCGUUAUUUACGAAUCGUCCGUCUAGUGCUCGAUUAACAUUCAAUGGCACAUCAAAUGCAAUCCUUUUUAAACAUUAUGUAAAAAACACAUCAAAGUUUAACAUCAAAUUGAGUGACUACAGUUUUGAUAACACGAUGCGUUGCUGACACCGUGUAAAGUUUUAAGAGUUUCCUGAAAUAUCUCUCGCUUCAUCGUUCACACAAUAGUCACGUAACUAAAACGCUUUGAACGAAGCACCUAUAUUCAUUAUUCGGAACGUUUCAACCGAAAUGUGUUUUUUUAUUGGCGAACAGAAUUAUUUGGCAUUUAACUAAAGCUCUAAUUGCGAGAAGCGAUCACGAACGCGCUUUUACCGCGUGACAUUUCCACAUUAAGAACUUUAUUCCUCGGAAGUUCACGGCCGAUUUCCUCGCUCGCUUGUGUUUGCAACGAUGCAUAGCCUAGUCGCCGCUGCUGACCUAUUUCGUGAAUUUACCUUUAUAAAAUGUCGUUGCAAUGCUGAACAAAACAAUGGUAUGUGGAACUGUCUCCGUGCCAACUUCUGAAAAAGAUGUGACUCGCUUCCUUGCCUUUGUGUAGGUAGGACGUUGAACUUUCACGAGUCAAGAUGUUGCCUUGGCGGUGAAUUGUCUAGACAGAUGUGACACACCGACCUAAUGAUUUAUUUUUGUCGUGAAGGUGUACAAAGAUAAAGAUGUAAUGGAUGUAAAACAGGCUUCCUAUUGGACAAAAGAAUAUUUUUGAUUUACAUUCAAUAAAAUUGUUCUGAGAAAAUUAUUGCAUUUUAACGUCGUUGUUGCGAUCGAAUUGUAUUUAAUAAAACAAGAUUUGGGUUUUGUUACACAGCAGUUAAAGCAUAGGCUAUCAAUAAUAGGAAUGAUGACGGGGUAAAGUAACGAAAUUCUAUUUUAGUCGGUAAGAUUAUCAAAAAAUAAUGGUCUUAUUUUUUCUUUGCGUUUAUCAACCGUCGACCAGGACGUCAGGACUGACGCGAUCAGGCCAUAUGUCCUGACGCGAGAUUAAGAGUUUUUACCCAUUACAAAAAAAAGGGUACAACGCCGCUA